CGGCGGCGGCGGUCAAAUAUGGAAAGUCUGUUCUCCGGCGUCCUCUACUGGCUGGUGGACCACCCGGCCAUCAGCCAUUACGAGUGGAAACAAGGGCAGACAUUCGGAUCGUCGCCCGCAUUCGUGGCGGCUGCCGUCACCGCUUACCUCUUCACCGCCCUCUUCCUCCGCCACUACGGCGACCUCCGGCCGCUCUCAUCCGCCGUCCUCCGCCGCAUCACCGCCGCCCACAACGUCUUCCUCUGCCUCCUCUCCCUCGCGAUGGCCGCCGGAUGCUCCCUCGCCGUCCUCCGCCAGGUGCCCGCCGGGGACUGGUCGUGGGUCGUCUGCUUCCCGGCGGGCAGGACUCCGCCGCACGGGCCCACAUUCUUCUGGGCCCACGUGGCGUACUUCUCUAAGAUCUUAGAGUUUGCAGACACACUCCUGAUCCUGCUCAGCGGACCCCGCGGGGUCCGCCGUCUGACAUUCCUACACCUGUACCACCACUCCCUGGUGGUGGUAACGUCGUACCUCGGCCUGGCAACGUCCCAGACGAUGUUGCCGGUGGGGAUAGUGACGAACGCCGCCGUGCACGUGGUGAUGUAUGCGUACUACCUGCUGACCGGCCUCGGGCACCGCCCCCCGUGGAAGCGGGCGGUGACCGAGUGCCAGAUUGUGCAGUUCGUGUUCGCCUUCGUGGUAUCCGGGUUGAUGCUGUAUUAUCACUUUACCGGGUCGGGUUGCUCCGGAAUAUGGGCAUGGUGCUUCAAUGCGGUCUUUGUUGCCUCACUCCUCGCAUUGUUCCUUAAUUUUCACAAUACCAAUUACAAUCCCAAGAACAAAGAGCCUUGAUUUUGUGCAAUUUAGUCUCUUUUUAUUUAGUUUCUCCCUACUCUCACAAAAUCAUGUCAUGUGCAUUGUCCAUGCAAGAUAUUAUUGAUGAAAGAGAACUUUAAGUGCUUAAACAUGGUCACUUUCCAAAUUUAGUAUCAUAUAUUUUAAUUUUUACAAUGUAAUAUCAUUAUUAUGCAAUGUUUAUUGGAUAUUAUUUAAAUAAGAGCAUGUUGUAUAAGACUAGAAAAAAAGAGCUGAAGUUCAAAGAAACUGGAAAGAACCGG